AGUCACUCUGACAAAGACAGAGGCUGAGACGAUGCUAACAGAUUUUCUCUGCAGUUUUUCAUCAGCUGAGCUUCUCUAGAUUUCCAACUGCCCAGUGGUCUAAAGUGUAAGUCCUACACUACGACAACCGACUGAAACCAACCAAAUGGCCAUUAUGUGGUCUAUGUUGUGGAUACAUCUUCUUGGCAUCUUUGGGGGAAAAUCAGCUCUCAUGGAAGCAACUUCUGGCCAAGAUGCUCCAGCUUCGUUGAAAAAAUAUUUGCUAUGUCAAAUGCCAAAAGCUUGGGCUGACCUGCCUUCAUAUCACGGACCUCCGGCACCUGGCAGUAUUGGGGUCUAUACAAAGAGGACUGGAAGAGAAACCCUGCGUUAUAGGGGCUACAUUUAUCCAUCUGCUUCAACAGAAAUGCCCUUGACAGCAUUUCAGCACCCAUUCACAUGUGGGUGUAAGAGAAAAUUGACCAACUACAAAAAGCUGCUGAAGGAGCUAAAGGAUAAAGAAACUGAGGCCGAAGAAGUGACAAAGUUGAUCUCAGAGAUUCGAAAGAACAGAGAAAUGCUUGGCCAUGCGACUACGUCGUCUGAAUUAAAACACUCGAUCCAAGAAGACAAUGCAGCCACCAGUGGAAGAGAAAUCGAAUCAGAACCUACAGGUUCAUUAAUUCAGCAUGUGGAGUCUGACAACGUUGAUCCACUUCAAGAAAUUCUUGAUGAAAGCAAGCCCGCAUCUCUUGACUUGUUUGACGAAUUUGAAAUAAGCUACAAUGAGUGGCCAUUUUAGCAUGCUGUAGGAGCCGGAGUGUCUUUGGAUUUUCAAAUAAAAUAUUUGAAAUCUUGCAUAAAUAA